AUGCACCGCACUCGGUUCCUGAUCAAAGUCAGCCGGUGGUGGCUCAGCUAUGCUAUUGCGAAGCACAGGGGAAACUGGAAGACCAGCAGGAAGAAGAGUCAGGGUAUUUCUCCCCCCGCUUCCCGCUCAAACCCGGGCAAUGCCUCUGGCCUUCCCCGCAGCUCCGAUGUGGCUUCAGCUCUCACCAGAAAAGAUACACUGAUGCUGGCCUUAGUCUCUUCUAUUCCUGACUCAGUUAACAGAAAUUAUGAAGCUUUAUCACCUUUACCUCGACAAGGCAUAAUAGAUGGCUUCUUACCUGUAUGUAAAGCCCAGAAGAAGAGCAAGAGUAGUAAAAGAAAUAAAUUAUACAGAAAGCUUAACAUGCCUUUACAACUGACAAGCAGGCCUGAGUCUGUGCCCGCUGCGCUGGCCAACGGCAGGGCAAGCACAGCGCCUAGCCAGUGGCCCGCGGUGAAGGAGUCGGGGCGCCUCCACCAAACGCGGGCACACGCCCCACCCAGCCAGCGGGACACCGCGCUGGCGCCCUCAGAGCGGGGUCUGAAAGGGGAUGUCUCUCCCACUACCCUGGUCUACCCUCCAUCUUUGCGCCUUCUGGCAGAAUUGUAA